UGAGCAAUGGGAGCUUAAAUGUGGUGAUGUUGUAUAUAACUUUGUUGCUGCUCUCCUUUACUUGUAUUAACAUUGCCAAUGUCUGGUUGUUUUUUGGCCUCCAACUGCCGCCGCCACCGCCUCCACUGAUUUUGCUGAGGUGCCCAAAUGUGAAUGGAUGGAUAGCUGCUGGAUUAGAGAGAUGAUGAUGUGGAACACACAAACGAACGAAGACAACUGGCUGGCUGGCUGUUUGUUGGUUGGCUGGUUGAUUGGUGGUGCGCAGCACCAAAACUUUUAUGCUCUAGUUUGAAUUUUGGCACAUAAGGUUGCGCCAGGACUUUUCUGCUACUUCUGCUGCUGCUCCUGGCUGGCUGCAGCAGUGGCUAUAUUUGAUAAAAUAAUAAUAUUUCGACAACAACAGCAAUGAAUUGCAAUAACCUCUGGCAAGUGCGAUAUAGAAUGUAUAAGAUGAACUGGGAUUCUUAUACGUUGGCAACAACAACAAGAAACUCAUGACUUGUUGUUGCUGUUGUCAUUAGGAUUCGCCUCUUGCUCCUUCAAUGGAUAUGUGUGUGUGUAAAAAGAUUUUUUUUUUGGUUUUUGGUGGAUACACUUAACAUAACUGGCAACGUUAACGUCAGCGCCAACACUGACGUUGCCGACCAGCCAGCCCCAUUUAGAGAGAGACAUUCAAAUAACAUCGACUACGACACCAAACACUAACGUUGUCGUCGUGGUGGAGAACUAUGACUACAACGAGAUGGCUACGACACCAAAAGUGUAUUAAAAUUCUCUGGUAUUGAAAAACGGCUAUAAUUGUGGGCUGCUGACAACUGGAUUUUUGCGAGUUAUUCCAAAAAAACACCAAAAAAUUGUUGUUGUAAUUUUGCAAAAUUUUUUUCUUCUUUUUUCUUCUUCUUUUGGAUUAUGAAGUUAGUGCGUAACAAUUUUGUUGUUGUUGUCGUAGUGUUGUGAUAGUCUGUCAUAAAAAAAUGAAAAAAAGUACAUAAUUCUCUUCAUCAAACUGUCACAAUAUUAAGUUCUAAAAGCCAACACCAAUACAUGGAAAAGCCAAAGGAAUACAAAAAACAUAGCUAGAAUCGCAGCAUCAACGUCAAGGGGCACUCUGCUUCUCAAAAAAAAAGGAAAAAAAAUGGAAUAAAGCACUCAAAAAACCCAGAGCCAUGGAUUUUUAUAAGGACCUCAUAAAAGUGAGAAAAUACAACGAAGAAACAUUUUAAUGCCAAUAAAGGAUACAAGUGCAUAUCCCUCAACAAAAAUAGAAAAAAAGUACAAAGGAAGAAAUUGCAAAGGAAUAUGGCAAAUAAAAACAGGAAAUUAAAAUUAAAAAAAUAAAAAAAAAAACAAAAUCUAGUGAAAAAAUUCUUAAUAAAAAAAAGUUUUUCAUAAAAUUAUAUUCAAAUCCUUCUUGGAAAAUGUCCAUACAUCAACGGAAGGAAGCAAGCCAUCCAAAAAAAUUAACAAUUUCAUUGGCAACCAAAAAAUAAAUAAAUAAUACCGCCGUCAAAAAAUAUGCUCCCAUGGAACAAAAAGGAAAUAAUCCCGCGAGCGUGAGUGAUUAGUGACCAAAAGUUCCAUGUCGUAUGUCGUUUUGUGCGAAUGUCGUGUGCGUGCCUAGUACCCUAAAUGACAGUGCGUAGCUAUAUGCUGGCCUUUACCUUUAAAGGCCUAUGACGACGUACUGUAAAUUGUCAACGUCUGGCGUUGCUGCCUUUAAAAAACAUGAAUAAAACAAAACUUCGCUGUUGUUGCGCUGAUGCCCCCUCCUCCACAACGCUUGCUGCCCCAACUAACUAAACCCACGAGAGCUAUUUAUUUUUAGUGCAAUAAUUAAUAUCUAAAUAAAUUUGAUUAAAAAAAAUAUUUAAGAGAAUUUAAUGUGAUUUUAUUUUUCAUAUGCAGAAUUUAAUAUUCAAUGAAAUUGACAAAUAAUUGUAAAAACAAAGAAAUAAAAUGUUGCCGUCGGUAAAUGCAUGCCCAUGGAAGAAAAUGUGUGAAAUUAUGCCGAAGAAACGGAUUAGCUGUUAAUUGAAAUUUUGGGACUUUAUGGAAAUUCCAUAGCAUCUCGAAAAAAACAUCAAAAUAUUUUAACGUUUAAAUUUCCACCAUGUGUUCGAUCUUCCACAAUCGUAUUAAUUAUCGUGGUGGUGGAACGGCGAACAACACGAAUAGUUCCCCCGGGAGUCCGCCAACCCUUACCAAAGAUUUAGAUCCGGAUAGCAAUAACAAUGAUAAUGAUAGCAAUAUAAUGUCGGGCAAAAGUGAAACCCCAACAGAUGAACGUGAGGAUGAGCCCAAGAGUCCUCGUAGCCCCUUGGUGGGGAAUCAAAAUUCUAAGGGGAAUAAUGAAGAAAUGGCUGAGGAACAGGAGGAAGAAGAGGAGACCAGCAAUGGUGUCUCCGAUCAUCCAAGUAAAGAAGAAGCUUUAGAUUUGUCGGUAUUGCCAAAUGGCCUGGCCUCAAAGGGCCAUGUGGCAUUGGAAGCGUUGCAACAUACCAAAGUAGCUGUGGCUCAAUUUGCUGCCUCCGCCCUGGCCAAUUCUCAAUAUUUUGGUGAUAAUCCUACUCCCGAUCUGGCAGCUAUAUUACAGCGGCAACAUUUAAUGCAAUUACAGUUUAUACAACAUUUACAAAGUCAAUUGAAACGCCGUGAUAGGCAAGGUGUGGAGGAUGAAGAAGAUCUGGACGAGGAAGAAGGUGAGGUGGAACAGGAGGAGGAAUCACAUCAAGAGGUGGUAAGGAGACAUAAGGACAAUGCCAGCAGAGAGAAGGAUAAUGAAAAUUCCUGGCUAGAAAAUGUGCAAAUAGAUUUGACUCAGAGCAACAGGACGAGAAGAAAUUCUGCAGAAGAAAUCGAACGGAGCCAUUCACCAAAAACUAUCAAGGACACAGAAAGCAGCAAGACUGAUCAUGAAUUUUCGAAAAAUUCCAAGGAUAAAGAUAAAGUGCAAUCACCCCAUUAUCAGCCCUUGUUGAGCGGCAUUAGCUCAUCAUUGGCCUCGACCAUCAUUACCGACCAUGAUCCCAUACCCCCGCCCAGUGAAACGAAUUGCCUGGAAAUGCUACAGCGUAGAACUGAAGAGGUCCUCGAUUCGGCUUCCCAGAGUCUACAUGCCUCCCAAAUGCAAGAUGAAUAUGAAUACAUGCAAAAGGAUGGUCAGGGAAGGGGAGAGAUAUUCAAACAUCGUUGUAAAUAUUGUGGUAAGAUUUUCGGCUCCUUCUCGGCCCUCCAGAUACAUUUGAGGUCACACACAGGCGAACGGCCAUUUGUGUGUAAUGUGUGUGGCAGUAAAUUCACCACCAAAGGAAAUCUGAAGGUUCAUUAUCAAAGACACACCCAAAUAUACCCGCCCAUUUUAAUGCCACCCGGUGUGGGACCACCUCUGGAUAUGCCACCCACAAUCAAUGCUCAACCACCAGCGCCUCACUCCCAUCCCCAUUCCCAUCAUCCGCCGCCCCCUCCUCCUCCACCACCUCCAUCUGGUCUCUUGGGCAUGCCAAUUCGUUUGCCCCUGCCCUUUGAGAAAUCUCAGGUGAAGGAAACGAAUGAAAACGAAGGAAGAAGGAAAACUCCUGAAGAAACCAAAGAAAUCGCUGUGGAAGACGAAGAAGAAGAACCGAAAGAAUCUCCCAGAGACUUAACAUCGGCAAGUUGCAAAUCAAACAAUGAGCACCCCGAAGAUCUUAGCAAACCACCCAGCCGGGAUGAAGAGCCAAAACCCAAACCUUUGGUAAGGGUGAAAACCCCACAAGCUUUAAUGGAACCUACAGGCAUAGAACAACAGCAGCAGCAGCAGGAGUCGCAGAAAAUCAUCGACAAAACUGAACGACCUCUGGCAUCAGUAACCCCAAAACGUAAUAGCUCACAUAGGAAACGCAAUUCGAACAGCUCAACACCUCCCCAAGAAUUUAGAAAAAGUUUUCCUGGCAAUGGCAUAGGAGAUAGCGCCGCCGUCGACGACCAUGCUCUAUCCAAACAUUUUCGGCGGUCUUCUUCCCUGAGUCGUAACAGCAGCCUGGAACACCUAACCGGCGAUUUUUGUCAAGUAGAAACAUAUGUCGACAAAUCAUGGGAAGAUCUAAUCGAAAUCGAUACCACUUCGGAAACCUCAAAGCUCCAGCAAUUGGUCGACAACAUUGAAAAUAAACUCACAGAUCCCAAUCAAUGUAUAUUCUGCCAAAAGGUCAUGUCCUGUCGUAGCUCCCUGCAAAUGCAUAUUCGAACACAUACGGGUGAGCGACCCUUUCGCUGUAAGAUAUGUGGUCGAGCCUUUGCCACGAAGGGCAAUCUUAAGGCUCACAUGAGUAUUCACAAAAUUAAACCUCCAAUGCGUUCGCAGUUCAAGUGUCCCGUGUGUCAUCAGAAAUUCUCUAAUGGAAUAAUACUACAACAACACAUACGUAUCCAUACCAUAGAUGAUGGGUCGGGUGGAGGUCCACAAAUUGCUGGCGCCUCCAGUGAAAUGGCUGCCGCAAUUGCUGAACACAAUCAACGUAUACGUGCCCACAUGGAGGCGGCCAUAUUGGAAGAUCAAAAUUCCAACAAAUCACUGGGCAACUCGGAGACAUUUGAUUUCUCCACAACAUCUGAAUAUUCUGGUCAACGUUCGGAAUCGUCGCAGGGUGAUUUCGAUGAAUACAUGACCAUGGAGAGUACCGAUGAUUCAAGGGAAAACACCUUAUCGUUAACGCCGUUGGAUAAACGUCAAUUUGAAGAUGCCGAUGAAAAGGGCGAGAGUGUUGGAGGUGGUGGCCCAGAUACCAUGGAAUCUGGUCUAUCUCAAGCCAUGGAUUUGACAGCCCGUAACGGCACCUCUCAGCACACGCAAAGAGCUCUGGAUCAUCUGCCACAUUUGAUGGGUAUGCCGCCGAAUAUUUGGCUGAUGGCUGCCGCACGCGAAGAAAUACAAAAUCUCGGAAAUCAGGGAAAAUUUCCAUUGUUACCAUUUGGACCAUUAGGAUUUAUGGGUUUGCCACCACAAGCUCAUAUUUGCCAAUUGUGCUUUAAAUUGUUUCCGAAUCCAACGGCUUUGGAAACGCAUUUUCAAACGGAACAUACCAAAGAGGCUGCAAACCGAAGUACUCCACAUUCUUCGGGUAGCGGUGGAGGUGGUGCCAGCAGUAGUAAUGUGGCAUCGAUUGAGACGGACACUUCAAAUGUUGCCGAUAACGGUCAUGUGGUUACGGCGGAGGACAAGAAUGUCAAUGCGGCUGCCAUCAGCAAUAAAGACAACAGCUGUGAUGCAUCUGAUGCAGCGGAAGCGCCUUUAUAUGACAACAAGUCUUCGAUGAAUCAAAUACUCUUUGAAAAAUAUCAGCAACAUGCAUCGGAACAGCUUCAUAGAGAAUCCCAGAAAUCACCCUUUGAACGCAGGACUAGAAUUAGCAAUGACGAAGAUGAGAGCAGACGAGAAACACCCCAUAAAGCAUCCUCUGAUUGCGAGGAAAUUGGACAGCAUAUCAAAACCGAACCUAUGGCCGAUGAACCUGAAGAUGUGACAAAAUCACGAGCAGAAAUAGAAGAGGCCGAUGAAGAUGAUGCUUAUCGGGAGGCAACAUCUUCGCCACCCAGUCAUACAAGUUACUCUUUCCAUUCGGCUGGUGCUAUGGCGAUGGGAGGUUUAUUGCCACCACCGCUGGCCACCGCAUCAUCGGAUGCCUCGGAACAUUCGCUGAUGAAAAUGCAAAUGCUAACCACAAUUCCUCAUCAAUUUUCGAAUUCCCAUUCGACAUCGAUGUUGCAACACCAACAACAACACAACCACCACUUAGAAGCUCAUCGUUUUCCUGCAACACCAUUGGAUUUCCAGCAGGCCCUCAUGUCGGUGGGUCCACCAACAUCCAGUCUGGAUCCGCCAGUGAAUAAUAAACAUUUCUGUCAUAUUUGUCGAAGGAAUUUCAGUUCCAGUUCUGCUCUACAAAUACACAUGCGUACGCAUACGGGCGACAAGCCGUUUCAGUGUAAUGUGUGUCAGAAGGCUUUCACCACAAAAGGCAAUUUAAAGGUUCAUAUGGGCACCCACAUGUGGACAAAUCCAACAUCCCGCCGUGGACGUCGGAUGUCUUUGGAAUUGCCCAUACAUCGACCGGGCGGUAGUAUGCCACCAGAAUCGGAAUUUCUACCCCGAAGACCGGAUAUAUUUUUUCCAUAUUUACCACCGUUUUUCAAUGGUCUACCACCAAAGCCCGGUGAUUUGAAUUCAACACCUCCAUUCCCGCCCCACAUAAAUCCGCCUCAUUUGCCAAAUGGCACAAACGCCGGGCCACCAAAAUAUCCACCACCUGGCUUACCGCUGGGAUUUCCACCAUUCCUACAACCUCCCUAUGGCUUCAAUCCCAUGCUGAAUCAGGCUCACUUGGAGCGACAAAAUAAUGCAAAAACCCCGCAAAAUCAAGAUGAGGACACCACCUCAAUUGAACCAAAGAAUUUACAGCAGCAGCAUAGCAGCGGCAGUAGUAGUCGAGCAACAUCUCCACAACUGUAUCUACAUCAGCAUCAACACUCGCUGAGAACCUCACCAAUGGAGAAAGAAGAUGCGAUGACGUCAUCGACAUCCAGUUCACUCUGGAAUCCAAUGAUAAAAAUUAAAACUGAAAACAAUCAAAAUGAUAUUAAUCAUCUGCAGGAUCAUAACAGUGAGUCAUCUAAUCAGGAUUAGUUUCAUGAAAUGGUCCCAAGAAUUUGAAAUUAAAAUGGAAAUAAAAAUGGGAUAACCAAAAUAUCUACAACAUAAACUUAGUGACUUUAAGAGAAUCUAUCUAUACAUGCAGACACACACACGCAUUCACACACACACAAACACAUAUAUGAUAUAUAUGAGAAAAAGAAAUGAUUGAAAAUCAUGGUUUUUAAGGAGUACAUAUCUUAAAGCUAACAGUCUUUUUUCUCCUCCUCCUCUUCGGAGAGGAGAUAAUAUUUUUUCUAGGCUUAAAAUCACUUAGUACUAGAGAUAAAAGUAAUGAAAAUGCAGACUAACACACACACACACAUGCCCACACAGAUAAUUAGUUUUAGUUAUUUUAGCAUAUAACCUAUACAUACUUACACCUAAUUAUAUUCUUACAAACAAAAGCGAUACGAGCAGCAGUAUAAUAAUGAGGGGAAAAAAUUGAUUGGUAUUUUUAUUUCAAAAUCACACACACUCACACAUGCAACAAGGAUGCAUUGCAAAGAAAUGAAAUUGCAUUUUAGCUUUUAAGCUGUAAAAAGUCGUUCGUUUUUAAGUUUAAAUUGUAGUGGCUAAAUAUAUCUGAAUGGCCUGAGGAAUGAUUAAAAUAUUAAAAAUAGGAAUAAUAUGGAAGUACUUAUAAAUAUAAUAUAAAAUAUUAUAUAUAUGGCCGUAAUAAUAUAACAAAACAAAAAAAAAUCAUAAAACAAAAUUAUAGUAAAACCUGUGGUAGUUGCAUAUGAAAUUAAAUUAUAAA